AUGUCACGGAUCGUCUUACAAAAAUAUCCAUAUUUUAUUAUAGAAGGCGAUACGUAUCCUCCACCCGCCUGGCGAGCUCACUUGGCAAAAUCCUUACAAUUCCUCAAAUAUUCCGUUAUUCUUAUGACUGUGUUUAAUUUCGACCCCUAUGGAUAUCUUGGUUACCCUACUCCUAACUUUGUCUCAUAUGCCAUGCAAAAUAAAGUUUCUUUCUGUCUGAUGACGUUUCUACUUGGAAAUAUUAUUGAAGGACAGUUGCUAUCUACAGGCGCUUUCGAAAUAUACUUAGAUGAUAUCCCAAUCUGGUCGAAAUUGUACACAAACCGUAUCCCUCAACCAGAAGAACUUCUUCACAUAAUUGACAGUCACGCAAAACUUCGAGAUUCGACAAAGACAAUACAAUCCGUUGGACCACCUAUGUAG